AUGUCGGCCAUAUUGACGCACCCACGCGGUCUCUCGCUCGUCACCCUUCCCUCGACCCCGACCGGAUUCGAGGUGAAACAAGAACACCUCGCCCUGCCCUCUCGAUUCCCCGCUCAGACUACACCGCAGGUUACGGUCUCCCCAUCCUCAGGUCACUCGUUCUUAUGGGCCAAGUCAUCAUCGUUGGUGUGGGAGUACGAUGCACGCGGGAGGAGGAUAGGGGAGAUGCAAGUGGGAAAAGGCGUACGGUCGGUGGUGGCGAUUGGAAAGUCGGGUCAUGAUGAGGGGAAGCAGAGGGUGGCCGUGGGGGGAGAAGGGGUAUGGAAGGUUAUGGAGAAGGGCAGUGAGGGGAAGUGGACGAGUGUGAAGGAUUAUCAGGUUGAAGGAAGGGUUGAACGACUGGCCGCCUCCCAAGACGGGCGAUAUGUCGCUGUAGCUGUCAGGGGCGGUCUAGUCACAUCGUACAACCUUGAAAUGGGCACCAGCGAAGACGUCGGUCUCUCGGUGACUCAGCAGGCGCGUCGUAUUUGCACGGCUGAUAUCGUCGAUAUGGUCUUCCCCUCCUCGUCCCCUCGCACCCUCGUCAUCGCCACCGCAGAUAAGCUGCACAUCCACUCGCUUCGAUCUGACGGCUCCUCUGCAUCUGCAAAUGCCACUCGCACCAUCACGUCCUUCUGCGCAGGACAGUCGGCCGUCCUCAGCCUAGCCGUCUCUCCGUCGUCUAACGCCCGCGGACAGGCCAACUCACCAAUAUGUGCGGUGCUCGGCCAAGAAGGCAGAUUAGCUCUGAUACAUCUUGACGAACCAGAAAUAGAGACGACACUCAUCAAUCUCGAGCAAGGCUUGACGGGUCUGACGUUCCUAAAUGAUAUUACGCUAGUCGGAGCUACAUCCAGCGGGGGUAUGGUUACCAUGGAUAUCAGAAAUCCGCAGGCAUCUGCGGCCGCGAUACCGCUGAACGAGCCGGUACUUGCUGUCCAUGUCCUCCCACAGAUUUCCAAAGCCCCUCGUUCUUCCGUCGCACCCUCCCUCUCCUCCUCGCGCCGUAGCAUCCUCGGCGAAUCUCGCCACCUCUCCAACGCGCCGACCCCACCCAUCGCCAUCGCUUUGUCAGCCGGCAAGGGCAAGCAGGCCGUCCGGACGUCCGACGCCAUGCCCAGAUCACGCUCCGAGGUGGUCGUCAGCAAGAAAGCGGCGGUACCAGCAUCGAGCAGCCUGGCGAAUCUGCGCGGGGAGAUGGGUCGGGCGUCAUCUGGGUCGAAGAUCCGAGACUGGGAAGAGAAGGCAGCGGAAGCGCCAAAGGCGGAUGGUGGGAGGUCGGUCUCGGUGACGCCAUUGCUCGAUCGCCCAGGCGCUACAUCCAGGUCAACCUCGCCCACUACCCUUCCACCUCUCCGUUCCGCGUCGCCAGUGACAAAACCUCCGAUCACUACUUCCUCUUCGACCCGAGUCGUCUCGGCCCCCUCCACGUCGUCCCUUCCCACCCGAUCAGCAGCUGCGUCCAGCUCGAGAUCCGUCUCCUUUGGUCACACUCGGUCGAGAGAGAGUACCGGCCCUCCUCCUACCCACACAGCGUACGACAUGCACGCGCUCAUGGCAGCGGAUGCAAUACGAGAGGAAGAUGAUGAGGAAGUGGCGGAAGCUGUGGAGGCUGAGCAGGCUGGGCAGGGGCAGGAGCAGGAGCAGGACGACUUUGAGGGAGAGGACGAGGACUUGCAUCUGGAAUGGGCGAUGGCUGGUUCAGCAGGGAUCAGAGCCCCUCGGCCACAGCAUGAGAGUCUGGGUGCAGCGAUAGGGUCAGGGUCGAGUGAGGAGGUGGUGUAUCUCAGAAGGGAAAUGGCGAGGAUGCAGCUGGAUAUGCUGAGGAUGAACCGGGAUCUCAAGGAACAAAUCAAGUUGGCGGUGCUGCCAUUAUCUAAGAAGCUGGACGGGCAGCGGGAGUUGCUGGGUAUGCAACAGAGGGAGAUCGAUCGGCUACGAUGCCGAGGGGCGUGCUAG